AUGCAGCUCGACCUGCACACAGGACCCGAAGAGGACUUUGACAUCACCAGCCCGCGCCAGCCGCUCACCCUGGUCUGCGUGGACGGGAGCGAGGAAAGCGACCGCGCCCUGCGCUGGGCCAUGCGCAACCUGCCCGACAAGCACGGGUUGAUGCUCAUCCACGGGGUGAAGAUACCCUACAGCGCCUCUCUGGAGAUUCAUCCGCACAAGGCGGAGGACAUGAGGGAGCACGACCGGUUGGUCCAGCGGUACAGGCGUAUCUGCCAAGAGAACGGGAGGCGCUGCGGAAUGGCCCACUUCCACUAUCAGAGAGGUGACGCGUUCGGCGAUGGCGUAUGCUCCUACGCUCGGCUGCGGGGAGCCCAGGCCGUCGUCACCGGCCGCCGCACCAACAUCUCGAACGCCAGAAGGGCGGUGUUCGGAUCGGGUUCCCAGUAUGUGCUGCAGCACUGCGAGGAUAUCCCCGUGACUGUGGUCAGCACAGAGGAGCAGAGCGAUUGA